ACGACACAUUGGGAAGCAAAUGGAACAUUAGACCAUUACAUGGCUGUCGUUUGCUCCCUGUGACACUAGAAAUGGUCAAUCCCAUAUCCCUUCUAAUAAAUUGACAGGAGGAAACAGCACAGAAGUCCACUCCAAAGCUUCCCUGAAUUGGAUGUGUUUUCAUUGUACCAGACAGGUGUUUUUGUGUCAAGUUCCAGGAACAGCUGGAGCAGAGAGAGGGAAAACCUGCCCGGAUCCACUAUUGACCUCCAUCUCCGGACACACACAGGCCUAGCCCGCAGCAAAGAGAUAUAACUGGCUCUCAUAGCUCUCGCUCGUCAAAGGAAGGGGGGAAAUUUUACAGCCUUUGUCAUCAGCCCUCAAAAGAUGACGGAGGCCAUGUUUGGGACAGGGAACGAUCAGUGGGUCUGUCCCAACGACCGGCAGCUGGCCCUUCGAGCCAAGCUGCAGACAGGCUGGUCUGUCCACACCUUCUGUACAGAUCGACAGAGGAAGAGCCAGAUGCUGGAGCAGCAGGAGAUGGAGAACAUCCUUAGUGUCAUCCGCAGGGCUGAGGAACUGGAACAGAUUGAACAGCUCCGCAUCGGGAGGCUGGUGGAGCGUCUGGACAACAUGAGGAAAAGUGUGCUGGGAAACGGCCGGUCCCAGUGCCUGCUGUGUGGGGAGGUCCUGGGCCUCCUUGGAACCCCCUCCGUCUUCUGUCAGGACUGCUGCAAGAAAGUGUGCACCAAGUGUGGCAUAGAGCCCCAGAGCAGUCAGAAGAGAACUCAGUGGCUGUGCAAGAUCUGCAGUGAACACAGAGAGGUGUGGAAGCGCUCUGGAGCCUGGUUCUACAAGUUCAUGCCCAAGUACGUGUACCCUGGGAAGGAGGGGCCGAGUGGUGCUCCUCUGGGACUGCGAGGAGCCAAUGGAGGAGAGCAGAAGAUGGCUAGGAGUUCCACUGUCAGCCGCACCUACACAUGGGCACACAGCAAAGUGGUGUCUAGUGGCAGCGACAGUGAGUCGGACCAUAGUGAGGGAAGCGUGAAGAGCAAGGUGUCCAGCCAGGGUCUCCCUGAGGGCAAGCAGCGUACUGACUCAAUGUUCAGUGGGGGGUGGAUUGGGACCCCCACAGGGCUGGGUUGGGGACCACAGGGCAGCCUGCUGUCAGAGAGCCGCUCCAGCCUAACCAGCAAGCCCCCCCACAGCACCGCUCCCCCUGAGGACUACGACACAGACCACAGCUUCCCUUCCCCCAGUGAGUACACCCAGAACUCAACAUGAUCUAUGU